AUGGCCCAGCAGCUUCCUACACCAGCUACGCCUGCGCCGCCGGUGACCGACGAGCACCCGCCCGUGAAGGGGCCUAACCCAGGCUUCAUCUCUAUUGCGAAUCAGUACACCUUCGAGCAGAAGAUCCGACGUAUGCAGAAGGAGAAUGGUUGCGAUCCAGCUAGGGAGGAUAGCUACCGGCUGCAGGGCGUCCAGCUGAUCGAGUCUGUUCGCGAGGCAUUACAGCUUCCGGUCAAGACGUUCGAUACUGCCUGCACAUACUAUCACAAGUUCCGUCUCUGCUUCCGCGAUGCCGAAUACAACUAUCAGGAUGCAUCUCUCGCGUCUCUAUUCGUGGCCUGCAAAGUGGAAGAUACGAUCAAGAAGUCUAGGGAGAUUCUGUGUGCGGCGUAUAACCUCAAGAAUCCUUCUCAAUCUACCACUCAAGACGACAAGAUGUUCGAGCAACCCUCGAAGAUUAUCAUUGGUCUUGAGCGCCUCAUUCUCGAGACAAUUGGGUUCGAUUUCAGAGUCAGGUACCCACAGAAGACGUUGAUCAAAGUGAUACGGCAGCUAUUCACUCCUGACGAAGCACGGGAACUCAUCCCCUUGGCAUAUCAAAUGUCGCUUGAUCUAUACAAAACAUUCGCGCCUGUCAAAGAGUCGACGUUCACCAUGGCUUUGGCUAUGGCUGAGCUAACAACGCUCAUAACAGACCGCCAUGUUGAGAAGAUGAGAUCUGUGGACCUGACCAAGUAUCAUACAAAUAGGGGCAGUGUGGUGGAGACAAUGCUCGAUCUUCUAGAUCUUUACACACAAUUCACGAAGUCAACAAAGGUCGGCAACAAGGUCGAUCUCUCCAAAUUUAUCGACAUCAAGAUCAAGCUCAACCAAGAAGUGGAGGCGACAACAGGACUUUCCCGGUUCCAAGAUCUGUGUGAGAGGUGUGAGGUUGAUGACGAAAGAAAGUACCCGAUAACACCUGGUUCAGCAACGUCACCAGCCACAACAGGCUCGUGGCCAGCGAGCAGCUCACUCAAGCGGGGAAAGCAAGGUGGAGAACAGGGAACCAUGAGGUUUGUGUUUGACGCAGAGGAGGCGCGAAAGGAGCAAGACACCGUUGCCGAGUACUUCAAGGAGGAGUAUGAGGAAUAUCAAAUUGAGGUCGAAGAGCCUAUUCCCGAGUCCGAAAACCCAUUCUAUUCGUGUGGUUUCUCCGCAGUCAUUGUGAUCUGGUGUAAUGUUAAUGUAUUCUCAACUGAGAGCUGGCCUUACGACACUUAUUUCUACGGGCAGUCUCCUGAAGUCCCCGCCCCCAUCGCCAACGGCUCGGGGAAUUGGGCCGAUGCAUAUUCCAAGGCAAAGGCGUUUGUAGACCAGCUGAGCCUAGAGGAAAAGCACUUUAUUGCCAAUGAGCAAGAAACAAACCGCAACCCGAGUGGAAAUGUCUCUGCGGUUUCCGCGAACAUCGAUGAUAAGACUAUACACGAGUUGUAUCUCUGGCCUUUUCAGGAUGCAGUCAAGGCUGGAACGGGUAACAUCAUGUGCUCGUACAACCGUAUUAACAACUCCUACGGUUGCUCCAACAGCAAGACUCAGAAUGGGCUUCUAAAGACCGAACUUGGCUUCCAAGACAAGAUUUUCCCGAACCCAGGCUUUGGAAUGGCUAAAGACUUGACCUUGCCUCAUGAGACCGUCAUCGCCACUGACUCCGCGUAUAAGGAUACGCUCUACAAUGGAGCUUUGGAGGGGCAUGUCCUGCUGAAGAACGAGAAUAACGCGUUGCCACUGAAGUCACCGAAGCUGAUAUCGCUAUUCGGGUACUCCGCAAAAGCACCAGACCAGGAUAACCCCAGCUCUGCAGGAUGGAAUGGCGGAAGCCAGUCUUUAGGCCCACUAGAUUCAAUCACUAACAAUGGCACAACUGUUCAUUCUCAGAUUGCAUCAAACGGCACGCUGGUCUCGGGAGGUGGCUCGGGGGCAAAUGAGCCAGCUUACAUCAGCUCUCCCUUCGAGGCCCUUAGCAUCCGAGCUCAGCAAGAUGGGACACAUCUGUGGUGGGACUUCCAAAGCUUCAACCCACGCGUCGACCAAUCAUCUGACGCCUGCAUUGUUGCUGUCAACGCGUUCGCUUCCGAAGGCUGGGACCGGCCUGGUCUGCAUGACGACUUCACUGAUGGCCUCAUCGAAAAUGUUGCGGCUAAUUGCAGCAACACAAUCGUUGUCUUCCACAAUGCUGGUGUGCGUCUCGUUGACCAGUUCAUCGACCAUCCAAACGUGACGGCUCUGAUAUUCGCCCAUGUACCAGGGCAGGACUCAGGCAAGGCUCUGGUUUCGCUGUUGUACGGGGAUGAGAACUUCUCUGGCAAGCUACCCUACUCCGUCCCGAAGAACGAAACGGAUUUUGGUCCACUGGCAAAUGCAACGGAACCUGACGGUAUCUACACUCUCUUCCCGCAGUCCGACUUCAGUGAGGGGGUGUACAUUGACUACCGUGCCUUUGAUGCCAAGGACAUCACACCACGAUAUGAGUUUGGGUUCGGCUUGAGUUACACCACCUUCUCGUAUGCUAAUAUCAAGGCCUCAUGGGCAUGCUCAAAGAAGAGCGAUCCGUAUCCGACAGGCGAGAUCAUCCCUGGCGGACACAAGGAUCUGUGGGAUGUUCUUGCUAAGGUCACGGUCGACAUCACCAACACUGGCAAGGUUGCUGGGGCGGAGGUGGCUCAGCUAGCCUGGAAAGACAAUCACGGUGACGUUCAAGUUGACAAGACGUGA